UACACGUUCUCUUAAAUAUUAUAUCAAUAAUAACUUCCGCACGUUAUUUUGCCAUUGUAUGAGAAUACAUCAACCAUCAAUGACCUCAUUUCAUCAUUUUAUUAUAAUAUGAUGCACUGGCAUAAGCACAGAGUACGGCUGGUUGUUAUCUAUAUUUGUUUAUUUUAUUGUAGUGUUUCCAUGAGUGCAAAGCAGGAGACAUUCGAAGCCAUUUUGAAAGAAGCUCGAGACUGCGCAGACCCGAAUCCGCCUUACCCUAAAAAGUGUCCCAUCAUAUGCAGUUACUCCAUAACUGUUGUGAACGGCAAGCGGUACUUUAAUGGCAACAGUACUGUCACAGCGGACACACCGUUUCAAAAUUUCAGUGGGAGAACUUAUGAUGUGGACGACGUUGGUCGGCGAACGCUCAAGUUCCAAAUCCCACACGUUACAUGCCGCAACAUUUUUGUUAGAGCCUUCCUUACGUAUGCGCAUCUAACUCUGGACUCAAAAAAUUGUAUGUUGAGAAAAGGAAAAUACCAACACGAACAAAUGGAUUUGGACAAGAUUUCACACACUAUGCUGAGUUGGCACGCUCGUGGCAACAUCGUGCACGAGCUGCAGCUGGUUGCUGGAGGAAGCACUGUUUUCUGUGCCGAGUUCCACGUUACAGUACAGUAGAAAAAUAAUAUAAUAAAACUUAAUAAAACAUUUAUUGACCACCCCUGUCCGAAGUAAGUACUUGUGUACUCGUACCUAUAGUUUUCCCAAUAUGCAGCGAAUUUUUUUCGUAAAAGAGUAACGAUAAAGUAAAUAUCCCUUUAUAUGACAUAUAUAAAGAAAAUAAUUCUUAUUUGGUUUCCGUUUUGUUUAAUAUGUAAUGUAAUUUUAAAUAGUUUUAAAGACGAAUAGUCUAUAAGAUACCUACAAAUUAACAGUCAGACACAAACGAACUUUAAAAAUAAUGUCAAAAACACCUCAAAAGAGCCAAAAUAUAGCUUAGUAUGUUUCUA